CAUCGCCCGAGGUCGCCACUGGAGCCACCGGAGCCACCCGACCGAGGCGCGAGCGCCGCAUCCAGGCCUGUCUUUCAGACAACCUCUGCGGCGGCGGCGCGGCCCAGGAACGCCAGGCUGGGGCAGCUUGGGCCUGGUGCAGGCCUCUCCUCUGCUGGUGCCGCGGAGCCUGCAGCCCGGGUUCUCCUGCAGCCAGGGUUCAGGCUAGCUGCCUUCCCUGGGAGCCCUGUCCUGGAGCCAUGGGGCCCACCUAGCCCCUGCUUGCCCAGAGGUCCCGGCCCAGGGACUGCUGACCUCGGCUGCAGGAGGAGCCCCCUCCACGCCCUCUUGCCAGCCUCAGCAGACAGAGACCCUGGGUGAGCCCCUGGGCCAGACCUCCAACCGAGGGCAUCCUCCCACACCCCCUUGUCCCCGCCUCCCUCCCCCUCCCCCGCCCCUUCCUCCUCCUCCUAGGACUGGACCAGAGAAGCCACUGUGGCCGCUGGGGGGGGCCCUGCCCCCCCAGCUGUCACCGGCCGCCCCUAGCAGUCCACGGGGCGGCCGGGGUCCCCACCAGGCCUGGCAGGACCAGGAUGCUGCCCCCACUCUUCCACCCCGGCCCCACCCAACACCACCACCUGCCCCAACAUCCAGUCUGACUGGAGACAGCCGGAUGCCAGCUGACCCUGGGCCCGAGGUGGGCAGUGGCUGGCCAGGCCUCCUCAUGUCCUGCCUGAAGGGCCCCCAUGUCAUCCUCAAGAUGGAGGCCAUGAAGAUUGUCCACCCUGAAAAGUUCCCUGAGCUCCCAACAGCUGCCCCCUGCUUCCCACCAGCACCCAGGCCCACCCCUACUCUAGCGCCCAAACGUGCUUGGCCCUCAGACACAGAGAUCAUUGUCAACCAGGCAUGUGGGGGAGACAUGCCUGCUUUGGAAGGGGCACCCCACACUCCACCCUUGCCACGGCGGCCCCGCAAGGGCAGCUCGGAACUGGGCUUCCCUCGGGUGGCGCCUGUGGACGAGGUCAUUGUGAAUCAGUAUGUGAUUCGACCUGGCCCGACAGCCUCUGCGCCUUCGUCAUCAGGGGCAGUGGUGGCGGGUGAGCCCCUGGAAUGUCCCACCUGUGGGCACACGUACAAUGUCACCCAGCGGCGGCCCCGCGUGCUGUCUUGCCUGCACUCCGUGUGUGAGCAGUGCCUGCAGAUUCUAUACGAGUCUUGCCCCAAGUACAAGUUCAUCUCCUGUCCCACCUGCCACCGUGAGACUGUGCUCUUCACUGACUAUGGCCUGGCUGCACUGGCUGUCAACACCUCCAUCUUGAGCCGCCUGCCACCUGAGGCGCUGACUGCCCCAUCCGGUGGCCAGUGGGGAGGCGAGCCUGAGGGCAGCUGCUACCAGACCUUCCGGCAGUACUGUGGGGCCGCUUGCACCUGCCAUGUGCGGAACCCACUGUCUGCCUGCUCCAUCAUGUAGCGUCCACCUGCCCACUACUGCCCACCGGCCCUUGCUCGCCGCUUCUUCAGGGACCUGGCCCUGCCCUGUUGCCCGCUGACCCUUCCUCGCCCACCGUGGCUUCUGGCCCUACCCCGCGUGGCAUUGUCGCAGCAGCCAACUUUGCCAUUAAAACUCUUUGCCAAAGUU